ACGCGUACGCCCGUUAUAAUUGUUUAUCUAUUUAAACGCCUGCAUUAGAACGUUUCGUGUGUUUCAUCGAUUUUAUCUCUGAUUUUCUAACUUUCAGAAAGUCAACAACUUUGUUCAUCUAUCCUAUCUAUUAUUACUCUAUCUGUUUCUAUCAAAUUUGUUCAUCUUUGCAUUUGCAGAAGAUUAUAGAAAAAAAAAAAAUGGUUUACAAAACCUUGGAAAUCACUCUGAUUUCUGCAAAAGAUCUUAAGAAUGUUAAUCUUAUAGGCAAGAUGGAUCCUUAUGUUGUGGUUCACCUAUCUGAUGAUCCAAAAAACAAGCAAAAAACCCCGGUGCAUCAAGAUGGUGGCACGAACCCGGCUUGGAAUUAUACGAUUAGGUUUACUAUUGAUGAUGCUGUUGCUGCGAAGCCGGGUAAAUAUGUUGUAUUUACCUUGAAGCAUGAGCAUACCUUUGGUGCUGAUAAAGAUUUAGGGGAAGUUCUUGUACCUUUGAAAGAGUUGUUAGAUGGUGUUAAGGAUCCUAGUGGUUCUCAGCUUGUAACUUAUCAGGUUAAGAGGGUUUCGUCGCAAAAGGCACAAGGGGAACUUAAGUUGUCAUAUAAGUUUGUUGAUGUUAACAAUAUGGGUUCUUAUGGUAAAGGUGAAUAUAAACCUGCGCAGUCAUGCAGCAGCAGUUCGGGUUCUGCUGCUGCUGCUGCUGCGCCAUACCCUCCACCUGGAGGGUACGGUGGAGGGUAUGGCGAUGUGUACCCUCCACCACAUCAUGCAGGAGGGUACCCUCCUGCGCAUUCGCAGGCACCACCUCCUGCAGCAGGAAUCCCAUAUGCUGCAGCUGGUGCACCAGGAGGGUACCCUCCGCAGCAGUACCCUCCACAGCAGUCGCAUGGAACUGGGGUUCCAUACUCUGCUGCACCACAGGGGUACCCUCAGUAUGGAGGGUACCCACCCCCGCCUAAUGCCGGAUAUGGGUACCCUCCAUCUGGAGGGUAUCCUCCACCUGGUGGAUACCCUGCUUAUCCUCCUGCAGGUGGGUAUGCGCAAAAACCACAGAAGCCGAAGAAGAGUGGUGGAAUGGGAAUGGGAUUGGGAGCUGGUCUAUUAGGAGGAGCUAUUGGUGGACUUGUUCUUGGAGAAGUGAUGGAUGAUGCUUUUGAUGUUGAUUGUGAUUUCUGAUUGCGAUUCGGUUUUCGAUUGCUCGUUUGCUGAUCUAUCUUAUGGUCUAGUUUCAUUUUGGUUUUUUUUUUUCAUUGUUAAUCUAAGGUUUUUAUCUAAUUAUGUCUUUAUUGUAAAUGAGUUGGCUUGCUAAUUGAUUCAGGCUUUGAUAGAAUUAGUUAGUCUGUUUACCAGAUUUAUGUAUCUUAAUUUCCUUGAUUAUUUUUUAAGACUUGUUUUAUUUCUUAGAAUCAUCGCUAUCAUCAUCUUAAUCACAGGUUCCAUUGUUCAAGUUUCAAUUGCAGAACUUCCUCUGUUUAUUUUAUCACAGCCUGUUGUAAACAGCUAAAUUUUGCAUGAUUAGAUGAAUUUGGACGGAAUUUAAUGCGA